AGAAAAAACAGAGCAAGAACCUCAUCAACCUUCUCAACCUCCCACAUUCACACAAUCCUAAUAAACAUUUUUUCACACCAUUUAACAAAAAUGACAAAGAAGAGCUUAGUUUUGCCGGAGAUAUCUCCGAACUCAUCUCUCCCAUAUCCUCUUCCCCGCCCGGCCUCAGUCGGUGCCACUGCCAGUUUUGCCAUCAAGAAGAGGUUCCUAACUCACCUUGAGGUUGGCACCAAUAUUGUAAGCAUUCCAAAUGCAUUGGUUGAGUCCAUGCAAGCAUCUUCUCCGACGCAUAUCAAGGCCGGUAACGCUGCGGUCACCUCCCACUUUGCCGGAGAUUGCUACAAUGCUUGGCUUGCAAAACAUCCAUCGGCUCUUGACAUGUUUGAGGAGAUUGUUGUGGCAUCUAAAGGGAAACAGAUUGUCAUGUUCUUGGACUAUGACGGCACAUUGUCGCCGAUAGUCGAUGAUCCUGACAGCGCUUUCAUGUCAGAUGCGAUGAGAGGAGCUGUGAGAGAUGCUGCAAGGUAUUUCCCAACAGCCAUAGUAAGUGGAAGGUGCAGAGAUAAGGUAUAUGACUUUGUGAGAUUGGCUGAGUUGUACUAUGCUGGGAGCCAUGGGAUGGACAUCAAGGGCCCUGUCAAGGGCCCCAAGCACACAAAAACCAAAGCCAAACCAGUGCUCUUUCAACCAGCCAGUGAGUUCUUGCCAAUGAUCAGUGAGGUUUUCAAUGCAUUGUCUGAGAGAACACGGUCCACACCGGGCGUGAUAGUGGAGAAUAACAAGUUCUGUGUCUCUGUUCACUUCCGGUGUGUUGAAGAGAAGAGAUGGAGUUCAUUAGCAGAAGAAGUUGGAUCAAUUGUGAAGGAAUAUCCCAAACUGACACUAACUCAAGGAAGGAAGGUGUUUGAGGUCCGGCCUACAAUCAAGUGGGACAAAGGCAAAGCUCUAGAGUUCUUGUUGGAAUCUCUUGGUUUUGCUGAUUGCGAGAAUGUUCUUCCUGUGUAUAUCGGUGAUGAUCGAACCGAUGAAGAUGCUUUCAAGGUACUGAGAGAGAGAGGACAAGGUAUUGGAAUACUGGUAUCCAAGUUUGCAAAGGAGACAAGUGCAUCUUAUUCACUGCAAGAGCCCACAGAGGUAAUGGACUUUUUGCACCGUCUUGUGGGAUGGAAACGCCAGAAAACUCUAAAGAAUAAAGUUAUAAGAAAGUAAAUGUAGUGUUUGAGGUUUAAUUCUAUAAUGGAGAGAAUCAAUCAAAAGAUUUUGUAAUGCUGUUUAACGGAAAUUAAGCAUUGUGAAACUCUCUGUCUUGUAACUUGUUUUAUUUGUGUACAAGAUCAUGGAAUAGAAAUAACUGUUGCAUUUGCAUUAA